AUGCAGGAUAAACUAAACUCACUCAUUUUGUGGUUUGAUAAAGUCAUCAAUCAAACAAUAAUACGAGACUUAGACAAGGCUAACGCUAAUGUUGAAAAGCUUUGGACACAGACAAGAGAAUUGCGACUUGAAUUGUUAAGAAAGUUGGUACAUGAGAAACUUGGACGCGAAAUUGAAGCAAAAGAAUUGGAUAUUGGAGAGGAGGAAGAGGAUGAUGAUGAUAAUUUUGAAGAGGAGGAGGUUGAAACUGGAGAAUUGGAGUUAAAUGUAAGGGAGGUGAAUCAUGAUGAAGGUGAAGAAGAAAACUUAAAUGGAGAAGUUGGGAAUGAAGAAAGAGGUUUGGAGGAAGAAAAUGAAUUGAGAAGAGGAGAAGAUAAAUCGGAGAAUGACGAAGAAACUGGGGGAAAUCAGGUGGAAUUGAAGGAAGAAGAGAAAUAUAGGCGAAAUGAGGAGGAAGAUGAGGGAAGUGAAGAGGAAUCUAAGGAAGAUGAGAAAUCGAAGAGUGAAGAAGAGGAAUUGAGGAAUGAGGAGGAGGUUUCGAAGAAUAACAACGAAGAAUCGAAGGACGAAGGAAAGGAAUACAAAAUACUUGAGGGUGAUAGAAGAGAUAUUCAUAAGAGAAGGGUUAUAUUCGUACCUAAUCAUCAAAUCGCCAGUCCUUCAACUUCAUCAAUAACACUUUCCUCUCAAAAUUUAUACGAGAAUGGCCUAAGAAAAAGUAAUUUAAAAGAAAUAAUUAAAAUUCAUUUUUUAAACAUAGUAGAGGAUGUUCAACGCAGAAUUCGAAAAUUUGAACAAAUCCGUUACAGAAGGAGGAAUGAACCAAAUAAUGAAAUGCUAAGAUUGACUAGCUUACAAGUAGGAGAUUUUCUAGCUAAUUUGUUAAGAUCAUGA